AUGCCUUCUGAAAAUCGCUCAUUUUUGAAUUAUCCCCCAGCUAUUGAGGGACCACCUGUACCCUACAAAUACGAGGACCAGUCAAUUCCCGUAUUCCGUGGGACACCUCUGGUGAUCGGUGCGACACUCAUCCAUAAUAUCGGUUUCAUUCAAAGUCACUUCUGGCGAAAUGCGGGCUUUGGCGUCAUCCGCGAGAUACCUCACCUCCACCAUUAUGCCGGACGCUCCGACCCAAGCGUGAUUCCUGUUGAGAAGGGAACCCCAACCGAUGUACCAACCCCGGAGAUUGCGAAGAGAAAAGGGAGCAAGGGAUACUACACGUCGGCCGAUUAUCAUGAGCUUUAUGUUUCGGGCGCGCUAACUCCGACUGGGGUCGUAGAGGCGCUGCUGCCUCUGAUUCGUCGCGAUGUCACGCCCCCGGGCAAACAUUCGACCGCGUUCCUUGAAUCACAGGUGGAAAUAAUACGCGACGCCGCAAAGGAAUCUACAAAGCGUUAUAAGGAGGGCAAACAGCUUGGGCCUCUCGACGGUGUGCCUGUUGCAAUCAAAGAUGAGGUCCACCUUAAAGGCUAUAAGCGAACUCUAGGUACCAAAUUAGAUUUCAAGGCUGGCAACGAUGGCACCUCUUGGUGCGUCCAGAAAUGGCAAGACGCGGGUGCUAUUGUGAUUGUAUCACAGUUGACCAAACCAGAUACGACGAAUAACAACCCCAACUUUGGCACCCCGAAGAAUCCUCACAACCAGAAUUACUACUGUGGUGGUUCUUCUGGAGGUUCUGGAUAUGCUGUCGCAGCAGGUCUGGUACCCAUUGCACUUGGCGCAGACGGCGGAGGCUCAAUCCGCAUUCCAUCGUCAUUCUGCGGAAUUUGGGGACUGAAGACUACACAUGGCCGUGUAUCCGGGGCCCCAUCCCUGAGCCUUGCACCAACUGUGGGUGUUCUAGGGCCUAUGGCAUCUAGUAUUGAUGAUUUAGCCGUUGCCUAUCGCAUCAUGGCAGCGCCCGCUCCUGAAUCGGAGGAUUCAACCUCCUCGCUAUUCUCUCAACCAGUACCACCGCCUGCGGACCGGAAACGAAACAAAAUUAUUGGUAUCUACCGUGACUGGAUUGACCGGGCAGAACCUGCAGUUCGUGAAGUCUUUGACAGGUCGCUUGACUACUACCGCCAAAACGGAUACAGCGUUGUUGACAUCACGAUUCCUUACCUCCCAGAAGGCCAAAAAGCCCAUGUCUUGACCAUCAUGGCAGAUAUUGCAUCAGGUGUCACUACUAGCCAGAUCCGACACCUCACCGCUCCCAACAAAGUCCUUGUAUCAAUGGGCAUGUACCAAAUUACCGCACAGGAUCUGCUCGCAUCUCAGCGCCUCCGUAAUCUUCUCAUGACCCAUCUUUCAUAUCUCUUCCAAAAGCACCCUGGCCUACUGAUCCUUACUCCAACCACUCCCAUCCCGGGAUGGAACAUUCAAGGAGGUGACGCGGACCUGCAACGCGGUGUAUCAGACGGCGGAAUGUCCGUACGGAACAUGGAGUAUGUAUGGCUAGCAAACUUCACUGGAUGUCCCUCAAUCAACUGCCCCGCUGGGUACGACCGCGACACUGGCGUGCCUAUCGGCAUUAUGGCGAUGAGCGACUGGGGCACCGAGGAGGAUCUGAUUGACUUUGCACGCGAUGGAGAGGCUAUCUUGGAUUUACCUGCCAACCGACCACCGGCUGCAAGCGAUUCGGAUGCGGCUCUGAAUGGGCUGCGUAUUCCAGCGGCUGCUGGUUCGAUUUGGGAGGAUGUUAUUGCUAAAUCUACCGAAGCCCAGUCGGCAUAA